AUGUACUUUGAUGGGGCCAUGAAUAAGAGCGGAGCCGGUAUAGGGGUAGUUUUGGAAGCACCGAAUGGAGAACAAUUGUUAAUGUCAAAAAGGCUAUGUUUCCCAACCACUAAUAAUAUUGCAGAAUAUGAGGCUUGCAUUUGUGGCCUGGAGGCAUUAAUAGCUGUUGGGGCUAAAAAAGUGGAGGUGUUCGGAGAUUCAAUGCUAGUGGUUUCCCAUGUUAAAGGUGAAUGGGAAUUGAAAGAAGAAAAGUUGAGGCCAUACCUGGAGUAUGCUAAGAAACUAUUAUUUAGCUUUGAGGAAGUGACAAUGAAGCACAUGCCUAGAGCUCAGAACCAGAUAGCUGAUGCUCUAGCCACGCUGGCAUCCUUAUGGGAGAAGGGUGAUCAGAAGCUGACCCAGCCAGUUAUCUUGAUGAGGAGUAGAAUCCCAUGCUAUGAAGGGUUAAUAAUAGCACAUUUAGAUCUAGAAGAUGAGAUGAAAUGGUAUGAGGACAUAAGAAGAUAUUUAGAGGUAAGAGAAUACCCACAGUCAGCCAAUAGUAGGGAUAGAGCUACAAUUCGUAGAUUAGCCACUCAGUUCACUUUGGCUGGGGGGCAACUCUACAAAAGGUUCUUCGAAGGACUAUUGCUCUUGUGUGUGACAAAAAAGCAGUCUGAGCAGAUAAUGGAGGAAGUACAUGCAGGAGUGUGUGGUCCUCACAUGAACGGAAGGGUAUUAGCAGGCAAAAUUUUAAGAUUGGGCUAUUACUGGUCUACCAUGGAUACUGACUGCGCUAAAUUUGUGAAAAGAUGCCAUGAGUGCCAAAUCCAUGGGAAUUUGAAUCACCUAUCGCCCUGA